UAAGUUAAAAGUCCUUGUUUUACCAAUAUUAUAUUUGAACAUAUAUUUUGUAUUUUUAAUCCUUCACAGAAAUAAGAUGCCAGCCAUAUUUCUAAUUAUUGUUUGUAUAUGUGGAGUUUUUCACUUGACUUCUGCGCAAUCAAUGGGCUGUGAGAAUAUUCCUUCACAUCCAGUAAUAAAUGGAAAAAUCACUUACACCCCCUCCUUGCAAAACUACAUUCACCAUGGAACAAGAGCUGAAUAUGUAUGUCAUCCGGGUUACACCAACGUCGGACCUCAAAUAGUCAUCUACUGUCAUGACGGAACGUGGAUAGGAUUAGACAACGAUGAUCCUACGAAAUGUGUUCCUAAAUCGUCUACAAUUGGUGAAAUGGACUGCCAGAACCCAGAAGAUGACUAUCUAAGGCCAAACUUAGUACAAACUGGUAGUUACAAACACGAAGAUACAGUCGAGUUUGAGUGCGUCCCUGGAUACCAGUUGCAUCCAGCUUCAACAAAACGGUCUCAUUGUAUCAAUGGUGGUUGGACGCAACCCGCACCAGAUUGCGUCAUGGAAGGAUCUAUACCCUCACCGAUCACAACAACAGAAAAAGAUGGUGUAGAAAGAGAAGUAGGAUCUUCAUCGAGUUCGUCAGCAGGGGUGAUAGUCGCAAUUGUGGUUCCUAUCAUAAUUAUCUUAAUGAUAAUUGCAUUUCUCGGCUUCCGUAAAUAUAAAUCUCGAACUGAUGAGAACCGGCCUGCUCCUCCGCCGCCAAUAUGGUGCACCCCCAACACGGCCCAGCAAAUACCACCACCAAGAAUGAUCGAUGAAUCCGAGGGUGCGUAUUCACAUCCCAAUGCUGCACUCACAAGCAGAGACGUCAACUUUGAUACACCGGUAGAUGGUGAUUGUGACAACACAUACAAUGUCACCAUUCGGCUUGAAGGAAAUCGACAACAGAAUGCAGUUGGGCGCGUCAUUCACGGUAACUUUUCAAUAGAAGACAAGGAAGCAAUGGAACGUGAAAUAGAAGCCAUUUUCAGACUACCGUUUCAUUAUGGCGUCAUUCGUCCAAUUGCUGAGAUCAACGAAGAUGAUAUGAUUGGCAUCUUCACGGAAAGGGCUCCAAAGGGUAGUCUGUGGAGCUACUUGCGUAGCUUUGCAGAUGCGCGUAACUCAGUCAAGCCAAAGGCGAGAGAGCUUAUAAACUACGCUUUACAGAUAGCCGAAGCGAUGAAGUUUCUGCACGAUGUAGAGCGAGUUUGUCCACUGCUCUCCUGUCGUCAAAUAAUGCUCUUUCGUGACAAUAUCUGUAAGAUACCAAUCAUCGGCUUGAAGCGGCUUAAUGACAACACAGACCUCUACAGAUUUGGAGAUACAACUUUGCCAGUGAGAUGGAUGGCACCUGAAUCUAUCGACUACCAGAUUUUCACAAAGUCAAGUGACGUAUGGGCAUUUGGGGUUGUGCUCUAUGAAAUUAUUACCUUAGGCGAGACGCCAUACGAAGGCAUGACCCCCGAGGCAAUCCCUGGCAUGCUCAACCAGGGCUACCGUUUGGAAAAGCCGCAAUCCUGUGGAAGAAGACUAUAUGAAAUCAUGGAAAAUUGUUGGCAGCAAGAACCAAGAGAUCGACCUUCGUUCGAAGAACUUGUAGCGGAAUUGCGUGAGUUGAAGAAUGAUACCUAUGCUAUCUGUUUUGGACCCGACUACAUUGAACGUCCAUUAUCGCGAAAUCCAUUCUCAGCGCAUUAAACACUAUGGUUGAUGCCAUAAUAUACUGUACAUUGUCAACGACACAAACAUCAUAAUUUGAUAACUUGUUCAAGAUGCAAGACCAUAAUUAAUAGAGGGAAUAAAUACACGUCGUUUUUGUUUGUCUGUUUGUGUGGAUGAUAUGUUGUGUUGGCGGGUGUGAACGUAUUUUAUAUAAUACAGAGGCCUAUUAUGCAUAUUUUAAGUAGGCCACGGUACUAAUAAUAGGCACAUAUAGCAACUUUUAUUUCGAAAACUGAGUUCAUAAACAAUACAAAAGCAUUUAAAUAGGAAAUUAAAAAUUAAACGUAAAGAGCUGGUGUAUAUUUUGGUUAAUUUAUAGAAAUGUUUUUAUUAGUAGCAUCAGAUACAAUCGGUACAAUGUUGUAUAUACGAUAUUUGCUUAAAUGACUAUUGACAAAUAAUUUUUUUUUAAAGCAAAUCAACCUAAUUAAGAAAAAAAAAUCAUACAAUUAGUACUGUAUGAUUUUACUGAAGUAUUGUAGGCAUACUGCUGUAUAAUUUUUGGCUAAUUCUAUGUAUUUUCGUGAAUACUUACUUUUUACCAGUGAACUAUGUUGACCUCCCCGAUAAUGGCCAGUUGUACGUUAGCAAUUUGUAAUAAUCAUUGUACAGCACUUCAUAAUUAUCUGUCGCACUUUGUAAUAAAAUUGCCGCAUAUUGUCAUAAACUGUUGUAUUGUCAUACUUAGUAAUAUUAAUGAUAGGUAUCACUUGGUAAUAAACUGCGCUUUCUCACUUAUUUGUAUCUCAAGCUUUGUAAUCAUAUAUCUUAAGUAUGGUUUCAUGCUAAUUCAUGUAUUUUGAAUGGUUUAUCAACAAACUUUGUGUUAAUGAUCGUGAGUGUCAUAACUCGUUAAAUGUCAUAUGGGUACAAUUAAAACAUAUAUAUACAUAUUGCGUUACCUUUGGAAGUACAGAAUUUAAAUACAUACUAGAGUGGUAAUACAAAUGUCAUAUAGAUUUUUAAAAUCGUUAUCUUUACAUAACUUUAAUUUGUGAAAAAUGCUAGCAUAUUUUUGUACGAGUUUGUCAAAUACCACUUCGAGAAUUUGAAGUUUGGGAUUGCAGUCGCCUGAUCACUUUAGUGGAAACAAUAAUAGGCCUACUGUAGUACUAUUAUAGGCCUAAAGUUCAACCAGUAGUUGUGCGACGUGAUACAAUCAACCAUUGGAUGUUAACUCAUUAAAUUUUAGAAUUACUGUAA